AUGGGUUACCAAAUGCAGAACCCGGCCCCACACCACUUCAAGCUGGAGAAUGACACGAUCAAAUUGGAGCCGUCUCCAAUCGAUUCUCCGCUAUCCUCUCUUUCUCAAACCCUACCAGGACCAUUGCCUUCAAUCAGCGCUUGGUACGACGACAACAACAGCACCAGGCGGUCUUCAACAAGUUCACUCUCAUCUUGCACAUUAAUCAGCGAACUGCCAUCUCCAGUUAACCCUAUUGGCGACCUUGCUCUUAACGAACGAGCCUCGCGCAGGCUGAGCCAAUUGUUCGGGCAACUGCAACCUCCUGCCGCAGCUCCCAGCACCGCGCGCUCCACAUGUGACUUCAUCUCACCUUACUCUUCCCCAGGCUCGACUCCUGGACCUGAGAAUCAUGUUGUCCGGAAGUCCAAAGCCAAGGCCAAGACCAGAGCCGUAAGGGGAGUGGCCAAAGCUGCCGACGACCUAGAGCCCAAGCCGGUGGAGCUGGCUCAGAAGGAGGCCAAGGCCUUACGCGAACAGGACGCCAGAUUUGAUCAGAGCGUGUCGCAUGCGGACCUUUGGCAAGAGUGCAAGAAAACCAACCCCAACUUCAUCCGCGAAGGCGUAACCAGGGAUGGCAGAAGGGGUCUCCGUCAGUUGAAAAAGAACAAUAUCGAUCACCGGAUCGAUAGACCCAACGAGAUCAACAAAGAGCAUCUGAUAGAUCUCUCAACCAUCUGUCACCGACAAUUCCGCGAGAUCAUUAUUGGCGAGAUGAACAACCACCGCUUCAACGGCCGGUACGCUGAGGCCAAAGUGCUCGAGGAGAAGUUCAGGGAGGUCGGUACCCGUCUUUGA